GGUGAUCAUUCAACUUUAUGUUUGCUCCACUUGUUCUCUUCUGCAGUCUGAGCUCUUCAGGCGCUAGGAGAGAGCAAUGUCUGGAGCAGAGCAAAGCCACAGAUGGAGCCUUAAGGGCAAGACCGCACUUGUAACCGGUGGAACCAAAGGGAUUGGGCAUGCUGUAAUAGAGGAACUUGCAGGAUUUGGAGCAGUAAUACAUACUUGUGCCAGAGAUGAAUCUCAGCUUAAUGAGUGUUUAAGCAAAUGGAAAAAGAAGGGAUUCCAAGUCACUGGUUCAGUCUGUGACGCAUCUCUGAGAACAGAGAGAGAGAGCCUAAUGCAGACUGUGUCUUCAAUGUUUGGUGGCAAGCUCGAUAUUCUCAUAAACAAUGUGGGAGCUAUUCGGGCAAAGCCGACGGUGGACUAUACAGCAGAGGAUUUCUCGUUUCAUAUUUCGACCAACUUAGAAUCUGCUUAUCAUCUGAGCCAGCUUGCCCAUCCUCUUCUUAAGACUUCCGGAAGUGGAAAUAUCGUGCUCAUGUCUUCUAUUGCUGGAGUUGUAUCGCUUUCUGUUGGUUCCAUCUACUCUGCAACAAAAGGGGCGAUGAACCAGCUAGCAAGGAAUUUGGCAUGCGAGUGGGCUAGUGACGGCAUUAGGGUUAAUGCUUUGGCUCCUGCAGUCAUUGCAACUCCUCUAGCUGCAGCUGUGUAUGAUGAUGAAUUCACGAAGGUGGUGGUAUCUAGAAAGCCAUUGGGACGUUUCGGGGAGCCCGAAGAAGUAGCCUCGGUCGUGGCUUUUCUGUGUAUGCCUGCAGCUUCGUACAUAACUGGUCAAACCAUUUGUGUAGAUGGAGGUCUCUCUGUCAAUGGCUUCUCGUACCAGCCACAAGUUUAAAUCCAAUGUCCCAAAACCAAAACAAAAAAAAACACAAAAAACUCGAACUUUAUUAAUAAGUUUCAUCUAGUGUCCAGACUUGGCACGUUAUCUUUGGCUAAAUCAUAUGUGUGAAGUUGCUUGUCUGAAUUAUUCCAUCGUAUUAUAGAGACGCUUCAUGAAA